AUGCCUACCCCCGAAGCGAAUGAGAUCCGAAGUGCAUGGAAGACACUCGGGUCGAGCCUGGAUUUUGCAAAACCGGUGCAGCCUAAGGGUAAUUCUCAGUCCCCGAUCCAGGCGCAGGUGCAAGCGCAGAUGCAGGCUCAGAAGCAGAAGCAAAAACGCAGUAUCAUGGGCACCGAAUUGGGCUCUGGGAUUGCCUGUGGUGCCGAUGGGGAGGAUCAGGCGCGCCAAAGUUUCAACGGUAUACAGACGCAGACCCGUCCAGCUGAGUGGGUGCGGGAUGGGAAUGACCUUGGCAGUGAUUACGGCAACGGCGAGGGAAUUGUCGUGAGCGGCUCGGAGGGGGAGAACGGUUAUAACCGUCGCAAGAGAGUGAGGUUGAGUAAGCUCGGGAGUCCGAUUAGUAUCUUUGAGCCUAGUAGCGAGAGUGGAGUGGGAAGUGGGAGCGAAGGUGAAGAUGGUAGUUUGUGUGAAAGUGCAAGUGUGUGA